AUGGUCGCGAAGGUGGAAGUUGACGCUGCGAAGAAGGAGGAGAUGGAGAAGGUGGUGGUCGAAGAUGGAUCUGAUGAUUCUGAUGAUGACGCACCUGGUCUAGAUGGAGAGCUGACGGAGGAGCAGAAGAAAGUGGCGGAGGCGGCGGGACUUGGAGAUCAAAUGGAUAAGCAAGUGAAGCAAAGCCGCUCUGAGAAGAAGGCUCGCAAGCUCUUCUCAAAGUUGGGCUUGAAACCGGUGACUGGUGUCUCAAGAGUGUGUAUUCGUAAGUCGAAAAACAUUUUGUUCGUCAUCAACAAGCCAGACGUCUACAAGAGCCCUGGUUCUGACACGUACAUUGUUUUCGGAGAGGCCAAGAUUGAAGAUCUGUCCCAACACCAACAAUUAACUGCCAUUGACAGAAUUAAGCCCAGCGAGGACACUCCUGUUCCGUUGGCCACUGUUCAAGAGGAUGAGGAUGAUGGCACUGAGGCACAUGCAACCGGUAUCGAGGAAAAGGAUAUAGAGCUGGUCAUGUCCCAGGCAAAUACCUCCCGCAACAAAGCGAUUAGAGCCUUGCGAUCUGCCGACAAUGACAUUGUGAACGCGAUCAUGAGUCUAACGAUGUAG